GGCAACCCUGCCCAAGUCUCCUCCCUAAGUCGGUCUGCGAAUCGCACCCUAGUCACGCGUUCCAAGUCGAAACGCGUCGCCUCGUUGACAGAGACGGGAACGUUGCAUCGAAAUAUACGAUCGAAAGAACGUUCAAGGUCGUUAGUUCUAACGUUGGAGGGCAUCAGCGAAAGGGUUGCUAAUUAAUUGGACGAUCAUGGAGCAGGGUGUGUGUCAGCGGGUCGGACGGCAAGGAAGAAUGUACACUUAUUGGCCAGCGUCUGCGUCCUCAUAUUGAUCUGCGGCGGUGGCUGUGGAGUUAGGGUGUCUGCGGGUGGGACAUCUGAAACAUGCCCAAAAUGAAUUUUUGUUUGCGGUUCGCGCGUUUUCUCUUCGUCUCCGCGAUUUUCUGCGUUGGUCUCUGCUCCGAAGAUGAAGAAAGGUUGGUGCGAGAUCUGUUUAGAGGAUACAACAAACUUAUUAGGCCCGUGCAGAAUAUGACGGAGAAGGUGCACGUGAAUUUCGGGCUGGCGUUCGUGCAGCUGAUCAACGUGAAUGAGAAAAAUCAAAUCAUGAAGUCGAACGUGUGGCUGAGAUUCAUCUGGACCGAUUAUCAGUUACAAUGGGACGAGGCGGACUAUGGUGGAAUCGGUGUCCUGAGGUUACCACCUGAUAAAGUUUGGAAGCCAGAUAUUGUGUUAUUCAACAACGCCGACGGUAACUACGAGGUACGGUACAAGAGCAAUGUCCUCAUCUACCCCAACGGCGACGUCCUCUGGGUGCCCCCGGCGAUCUAUCAGAGUUCCUGCACGAUCGACGUCACGUACUUCCCGUUCGACCAGCAGACCUGCAUCAUGAAGUUCGGAUCGUGGACAUUCAACGGUGACCAGGUCUCGCUAGCCUUGUAUAACAAUAAGAACUUUGUAGACCUGUCCGACUACUGGAAAAGCGGCACCUGGGACAUCAUCAACGUCCCUGCAUACUUGAACACCUACCAAGGUAGCUUCCCAACGGAAACGGACAUCACCUUCUACAUCAUAAUCAGACGCAAGACACUCUUCUACACGGUGAAUUUAAUUCUUCCCACGGUACUGAUCUCCUUCCUCUGCGUGUUGGUCUUCUAUCUUCCGGCGGAAGCUGGCGAGAAAGUGACGCUUGGUAUCAGCAUUCUCCUCUCGUUGGUCGUGUUUCUGUUGCUGGUCAGCAAGAUCCUGCCCCCGACAUCCCUGGUGCUUCCGUUGAUCGCUAAAUAUCUCUUGUUCACAUUCAUCAUGAACACCGUGAGCAUCCUGGUGACGGUGAUCAUCAUCAACUGGAACUUCCGCGGACCUAGGACGCACAGGAUGCCGCAGUUGAUCAGGAAGAUCUUCCUCAAGUACCUUCCAACCCUCUUGCUCAUGAGGAGACCGAAGAAGACGCGUCUUAGGUGGAUGAUGGAGAUCCCGAACGUGACAUUGCCGACGUCUACUUAUUCAGGGAGCCCAACGGAGUUGCCGAAACACCUGCCAGCCUCGUUGGCCAAGUCGAAGAUGGAGGUGAUGGAGUUGUCCGAUCUCCACCACCCGAAUUGCAAGAUUAAUAGGAAGGUACAUCAUACUACGAGUGGUUCUAGUGCAGCUGGUGGGGAGGGUCUGGCUGACAGAAGAGGCUCGGAAAGCUCGGACUCGGUGUUGCUCAGCCCUGAGGCCAGCAAGGCUACCGAGGCUGUCGAGUUCAUUGCCGAGCACUUGAGGAACGAGGACUUGUACAUACAGACAAGAGAAGAUUGGAAAUACGUAGCGAUGGUGAUCGAUCGGCUGCAGCUAUACAUUUUUUUCAUCGUGACAACCGCAGGUACUAUUGGGAUCCUGAUGGACGCGCCGCAUAUUUUCGAAUACGUGGACCAGGAUCGAAUCAUAGAAAUCUAUCGUGGGAAGUAACUCCGAGUUAGCGAAUUGGAAAACGGCAUACUAUCCUCGCAAAUACAUUCGUUGGAAACUUUAUUGAAUUCGAUUAUUUCGUCUCAACGAAAGUAUUCUGUAUGUCGAAUCAAGCACUCGAUGCGAAAUUAGUAUCGGUGUGCCUAGUAAAAUUUUGUGUCUUUCGUUUCUUGAUUUAAAAGAUACCGAGAAAUUUGGAACAUUCUGAAACGUCGCUUCGAUUAUUGCGUCGGGGUAAAGUAAUUUUUCUUCGAUUCUUUGUAUUAAAACGAUUAUUUUUGUUUUCUCAUCGUUUUACUGUUUUCAUGGUCAUGAGUUAACGAUGUCAUGGAAAUCGGGACACAAAACGCUCAGCAUUCUCAUUGAUCUUUUGUAACGAUCAAUCAUUUCUUCGUUUUAUACUCGUGAACGACUAUCAACAUUGAAAAACUGUAUUUGUGAAUUUGUCAAGGAACAAAGCUCAAUGGCACUCGUAGCAUAGAAACGUACCACUCAAAUUAAUCAAAUUAAGUAUUAUACUAUUACAGAUAUACUAAAUCUCAGUAAUUCGUUCAAUUCCCCUACGUAUUAGUUACGAUUGCAGUUUCUGGAAAUUGACACUUUUCAUUGUAAGCCACGGCUAGGUAUUACUAUUGUUUCAAUACACGGCGAACUAGUGGCGCCAUUAGUUUACACGCUCGCCGUGCCCUGAGACGAUUACGGUAUCGAAACCUACUGCAAACUUUUACGAUUUCUGAUUGUUUCAUCGCCCACGUGAGAAGAAAUUUACUUGAAAAAUUCGUCGACAAAGCACGACAACACUUUGAUUUACAACGUCUCAGAGUUGAUCAUGGCUGCAUCCACGGUUAAUUAAUAAAUUGUCUUCCUUGGAAACCUUCAUCACGGGCAUGCUGAAGUGAAUGCGGGGUAAAUGCAAAUUCAGUUAAAUUAAUGUCCCAUCGAUCGCGCAUCCUAGAUGAGUAACUCGGUUAAUCGAGAAAAAGGAUAAGCAUAGAACGUAGCCAUCAAAUAAUUUUGAUAUUAAUCGUGCGAACUACCGUUGCCAUUAUUGUAAUCUAGCAGGACUCGUGUUUGAUAACUCAUUUGAUAUCUAAGGGUCGUGACAACAUGUUUUAACAACUGUUGGAUGAAUCUCAUUUUUUCGAAGAUCGCGGAAAAUGUUAUGGAUCGACUCCAUCACUAUCAUGCAAUACUCUGACUUUACAGUGGCAUUUUCAACGUUUCCAUUUUAUUUCUUCGUUUUAGAGACAUUAACAUUAUAUGCAGAAAAUUCCGAGCCGCUCAAUCCUUUCCCGUGAAUGUCACGUGUAACGAAGUUUUCACGUUUCUCGAAAAUCUCAAAGAAAAAAUUGAACUUCACGUCACGUUUGCUAAUGACACUACGAAAGCGCACAUUAGAAGUACAAUGUCACGACCCUGUGUUCUGAGUCGUUGCAAACGAGAAGAGUAAGGGAAAAAAAAUAAGAAAAAAAAAUGUAUCGUACAUCCAAUAUACGGAGGUAUCAUAAUCAAGCUACAUGUAUAUUGUGCAAAAGAUUGUUAAACGGUCAUGUUUUCUCUAAUAGAAAGUUUGUCCCACUUACAAAGAAUGUUUAUGGUUGCUGGUUAAAGGUCGUUGAUUUUCUCGUAUAUAUUGCCUACAGUUGUGCCUCGCGAAUCAGCCCAUUGUUACAAGUGAUGUUAUUGUAUAUACUAUAAAAGAAGCUUUGAUUUUAUUACGCGAACUUCAUCACAGCGAAGCGAAAGCGCAGCAAUUUUAAAACCGAACUUUAACAUCGAUUUCGUUCCGAAUCGAAUGCUUUUCGUUUACAUCGACGACUCGAGAGAAUACGCGCUCUGGAAGUAAAUUGCAUGUCGUUUUGAUAAUUUUAUACUCGAUGGUAAAUUGUAAAUCGAACUUCCCUCCCCAUGGAUCGGAAGAACGACCUGAGCUUUACGGUAUUUGUUGCGUCAUGACGAAGUGAAUCGACGCGGUGGAUGAAGUUCAGGUCGGGUGUAAAGAAUAUUAACGAAACAAAAAAAAACAGAAAAAAAAAGUAAUACGAAGAGAGAACCGUGUUUUAAAUGAGAUUCAUCGUCGAACGUUCGCGAUUCUUUGUCCUCGACGCUUGUAUGGAAAAUUGAUGUGUAUGAAAAACACUGCUCGCGAUUAGAGUGACGAAUUAAUUCCUUGAUAGAGUGACACGUGUCUUCCUUGAACAAGAUACAAUAACUAGAGUGUAGACCCCGUGAAUUAAGUAACUAGAUUAUGCUUACUGAUUUCUAUACAUUUUACUUCCAUAUAUUUUAUAGCCUUGUUCACUCAAGAAUGCGAAGUAUGACUGUGUAUGAGAAUCAUAAUGAGACGAUUUUAAACGACAUUUUGCAACUAACGUGCAAUUGAAGAUGUCAGUUAUAAUUGGAGACGAAUAACGACUACGACGCAACGGAAAGUUUUAUUGUUUAAUACUUUGGGCUCAACGUCGUUCGAAUGAUUCAUCGAUCUCCAGUUUUAUUGAAUUAUUAAGAGUUUUCCGCCAAUUAGUGAUAGAACGUAACAUUAUACUAUUCUUAGGAUCGUUCAUCGAUCCCAUUAUCGAUGAAUAAUUUAACGUUUACGAGAUUUUGCUACUGACAUCUUCAAUUAACCCUAGAAUACUAAUGUAUGUAAUUUUUACGUUUCUUACGUUUUUCUACCUUCCUCUAGACUUCAACGUCAAACUCGACGAUAAUUGUUUAAGUUUUAAAAAAUGUAAUAACUAUUAUGGACAUAUACAUUUAUAAUUAUUAUAAAUAAGGAUAAUAAAUGCGACUAUAAAAAAAAAGCAUUAGAAUUCUAGGGUUAGUGUCAUUUUAUAUACAUUUGAAUUUAAAAUAAGUAUCAUUUCUCUUAUUAGAUAGAGUUAAAGAGUGAAAUUUGUUUUUCGUGGCAAUUGACUAUUUGAACAUUCUCUCAUUGAUUCUCACACGCAAAAUAGCUGAGAGCUUGUUCUAUUUUAGCUGUAAACGUAACUGUUCGCGAUUAACGAUAAAAUAAAAUGAAUCGAACUAUUCUAUCAGCGUUGCAACAAUCAGUGAAACGUGUUGAUAUUAAACACACAUGAGUGCAAUGUCGUUAGAGCGUGAACAGCAUCGAUCGUGCUCAUUCCUUCCAAUUACAAUAAAUAAAUUUAGUAAAUCU